UACCAUUGUAGAAACUGAGAGAUAAAAGACGCGAAAAUCGAGCGGCUGAUUUAGUGAAAAACGACAACAAUGUCAUCAUAAAGCUUGAAAAUGCGGCCAUCGAGCGGUCAAAGUCGGUUGACUCUGCUGUUCUUGGGAAGUACAGUAUUUGGAGAAAAGAGAACGAUAACGAGAACAUUGACACAACUAUACGAUUGGUCCGGGAUCAAAUGAUUAUGGCUAGGGUUUAUAUGAGCAUCGCAACAAUGAAAAACAAGACACAAUUAGCACAUGAACUGCAAAGUCAACUUAAAGAAAGUCAACGUGCUUUAGGAGAUGCUACUGCUGAUGCUGAUCUUAAUCACAGUGUUGCGGAGAAAAUCAAAGCUAUGGGUCAACUACUGUCUAAAGCUAAAGAACAGCUAUAUGAUUGUAAGUUAGUCACAGGGAAGUUGAGAGCUAUGCUACAGUCAGCAGAUGAACAAGUUCGUAGCUUGAAGAAACAGAGCAUGUUUUUGAGUCAAAUCGCUGCCAAAACAAUCCCAAACGGUAUUCAUUGCUUAUCCAUGCGCCUAACAAUCGAUUAUUAUCUUCUUCCGUUGGAGAAACGCGUAUUCCCAAGGAGGGAGAAUCUUGAGAAUCCAGAUCUCUAUCAUUAUGCUCUGUUCUCUGAUAAUGUCUUGGCUGCAUCGGUGGUUGUGAAUUCGACUAUCAAGAAUGCUAAGGAACCAGAGAAACAUGUUUUUCAUCUCGUCUCCGAUAAAUUAAAUUUCGGAGCAAUGAACAUGUGGUUUUUACUUAAUCCACCUGGCAAAGCUACAAUCCACGUGGAAAACGUCGACGAAUUCAAAUGGCUAAACUCAUCCUACUGUCCGGUUCUUCGACAACUCGAAUCCGCCGCAAUGAAAGAAUACUAUUUCAAAUCAGAUCAUCAAACAACCGGUUCAUCAAAUUUAAAAUACCGAAACCCGAAGUAUCUUUCAAUGUUGAAUCACCUUCGGUUUUAUCUCCCUCAAGUUUAUCCCAAAUUGAACAAAAUUCUUUUUCUGGAUGAUGAUAUUGUGGUUCAAAAAGACUUAACGGGGUUAUGGAAGGUCGAUCUGAACGGGAAAGUGAACGGUGCGGUUGAAACGUGUGGAGAAAGCUUUCACCGUUUUGAUAAGUAUUUGAAUUUCUCGAAUCCUCAUAUUGCGAGAAAUUUUGACCCGAAUGCGUGUGGAUGGGCUUAUGGGAUGAAUAUGUUUGAUCUUGAUGUGUGGAAGAAGAAGGAUAUAACUGGUAUUUACCACAAAUGGCAAAAUAUGAAUGAAGAUCGGGUUUUAUGGAAGCUCGGGACGUUGCCACCUGGACUAAUGACAUUUUACGGGCUAACACAUCCACUCGACAAGUCAUGGCAUGUACUCGGUCUCGGGUACAACCCGAGCAUUGAUAAAAAGGAUAUCGAGAAAGCAGCUGUGAUUCACUAUAACGGAAACAUGAAACCGUGGCUAGAGUUGGCAAUGACAAAGUACCGUUCAUAUUGGGUCAAAUACAUAAAGUUUGACCACCCAUAUGUUCGGGGUUGCAAACUAGGCGAAUGAGAAGAUUUUUAUUAUCGAAAAGUCAUUCCAUUCUAUUCUUUGUUAUAGUUCAUAUUGGUGUUAUAGUUCCCGUGUAUUUGUGUAUGCAACUUGCUUGGAAUAGGUGUCGAAGAUAAUAGUUUGGAUGUAUCUUGUGUUGGUUUCGUUACUUUCGUAGGAGGAAGGUUUAAUUGUAAAGGACUUGGAUGUGUAUAUCUACCUUCGUUCUUCUGAAAGAAUCACGUGUUCUUUUUGUUUGUGUUCA